AUGAUCCUCGUUCCGCGCGCGCAGCCACGUGACGUCGAGAAAUUGUUCCGUGCAGCGAUCGCGAAAAAGUUCCUGAGCAUCAAGAGCUGCCAGCUCUACCAGGACGAGAUCACCACCCCCCACCCCGCACCGCAACUUACGACCCCUCAGUUGCCAGCCGUCCCAAUGGCAACCAACGGCUCCCGGUCAGCAUACGGCCUCACGAGGCAUGCCGUCAGGCAUUGUCAAUCGGCACCCCGAAUCGUCUCCGCUUCGCCUGCGCAGCGGUGCAUCGCCAGAUCCUAUGCGACGGCGACCGAAAGCAAGAUCGAGGAAUUUUCGAGGAGAACCGUGGAGUCGGAGCGGCCCGACGAGCUGCGCCACCGUCCACGAUGGUCCUACACCCCCGAGGCUAUGAAGGCGCCCUUUUCACCGCACAUCACCAAAGACCCCAGGCGUAGUAUCUGGCAGGUGAACAACGACCCCAAGAAGCUGGACGAGAUGUACGUGCGGUUUUUGGGACGGGACGGAGACAGGCUUCUGCCUGAGGAGGUGAAGUGGUUGGCGGUCACGCACAAGAGCUUCGAUCAGGGUCGGAGAGGCUUCAACGACAGGCUGGCAUAUCUGGGCCGGCAAGCAGUGGUCGUCGAGACGACACGAAGCAUAGUAUCGUCGGAAAAGGAGGGCGCCAUGGUUCCGGAUUCAUACGGCCGCAAACCGUUCUAUCACCCCGCCCUUGCCAAGAUCGACAACUUCAACGUGCAGCUGCCGAAUCAAGCCGUCACGAAGGAGAAAAUCGAGCAGCUGGCCCUCGAUGCGGGCAUCGACAAGGUUUUGCGGUGGAAGCCGGCAAAGCCCGAAAACCUUGCCGGUUCGGGUCAGCAGAUUGUUCUCAACGGGGCAGUUUUUGCCAUUGUCGGUGCCAUCUCGCUCCAGCACGGCGCCGAGGUGGCGGGUAGAGUUAUCAGGGAGAGAAUAUUGAAGCCGCUCUCGCUCAGGCAAUAA